AUUGGUCAUUCAUUAUGAGUGACAACGAAACUGCCUUGAAGCUUAGAACGGUAGUUCAGCUGUAACUUUCAUUAGCCUGUUCCUUGUCCCACACAGGCUUAUUGGGAUUGUUUAUCCAUCAUUCGGAGCGCAUUAUUUUUGCGCACCAUAUUACGGAAAAGAUGGACGUGAACCCCAAAAUCUACGGCUUUUUGACUUGUAUACUCCAGACACUUUUGCUGUCAUCGGCCACCCUGGAACCGUUUGACCUGCUUUAUGAUAACGGAUUGGAGGCUUUUCGUAAAGGGGACUAUGGCAAUGUGGUGCGGUACAUGGAGAGCGCGCUGAGCAGUUUCUCUGAAGUGCGCCAGACCAAAAUCAGAUGCAGACUGAAAUGCAGAGACCAGCAUCGCUUUGACAGCCUUCUGACUGACAAGUUUUUCGAAGCGAUUCUUCAUAGGGCGCACUGUCUAAACGAAUGCUUUGAGGAAAGACUUGGAGCUCAGUCCAUGCAUAAAGUUAGUGAGGAUGUCUUGCAGGAUUUCAGUAGAAGAAUUCCCUAUAACUACCUGCAGCUUGCGUACAGAAAGCUUGGGCAACUGGACAAAGCUGCGUCUGCUGCUCAUACGUAUUUCCAGGCCAACCCUGAGCAUGUGGAGAUGGGCGAGCAUCUGGAGCAGUACAAAGCCCAGAAGGGAGUAAAAGAGGAACACUUCAUUGACCGGGAAUCCCGCCCACAUCAGAGAGCCUUUUUUGCUGGGGUGAAGCUGUACGACAAAGGCAACUACGAAGAGUCUGUGACGCUCUUUGAAGAGGCUCUGACUGAGUAUUAUCGUGCAGAUGAGGAGUGUCGCGUUCUCUGUGAAGGGCCGCUGCACUUUGAGGAGCAGAAUCAUGUCUUGUACAAAUACAACCUCUAUGAACUAAUCUCAGAUCAUUACACCCAGGUUCUUUAUUGCGAGCACGAGUGUGUCCGAGAUUUGGCCACCCGCCCCGGUCGCCUAUCGCCCAUGGAAAACUACCUGCCAUUGCAUUACGACUACCUGCAGUUUGCUUAUUUCCAAGCUGAGAGGACUGAGGAGGCUCUGGAGUGCGCUUUGACUUACCUGUUAUUCCACAAAGGCGAAGAGUUCAUGACUGAGAAUGUGGAGUAUUACAGGGAGGUGCUGGGACAUGAUGGUCAGCCUCGUAAGGAAGCUGAACAGUACGUAAGGCGGCACGAACAGGAGUCAGACCUGCUCCUCAUGGGCAGCAAUAACAUUGGAGUGGCCUAUACUGAAGGGAGCUACUGGAGCAGUUCAGGCGGUAGAGAAGAUGCUAACAGGAUUCCUUCUGGUACCGAUGGCUGGAUGGACUAUGUGCCGAUAUCAGCAAAGAGAAAUGUCACAAUGGCUUUGUUACAAGAGCUGCGGGAAGGAGGUCCAUUGCUGUAUGAGAAUGUAAGACUUGUACAAAACUCCCACACCUUGAAUGGAAGUCAAAGGGUGCUUCUUGAUGAUGUCAUCAGUGAGGACCAGUGCUCCGAGCUCAAACACCUGGCGCACAGUGUCACUGCGGCUGGUGACGGUUACAAGGGGAAAAUGUCUCCUCACACACCCAAUGAGAAAUUUGAAGGGGCGACAGUACUGAAAACAUUGAAGUAUGGCUAUGAGGGACGUGUUCUUUUAAAAAGUGCCCGCCUCUUUUAUGAUGUCAGCGAGAAGGCCAGGCGGAUAAUUGAGUCAUACUUCAUGCUAAACUCCACUCUGCAUUUCUCAUACACACAUCUGGUGUGUAGAACCGCCAUAUCUGGUCAACAGGACUAUAGAAACGACCUCAGUCAUCCAAUACAUGCUGACAACUGUCUUCUGGACCCAGAAGCGAAUGAGUGUUGGAAAGAGCCGCCCGCGUACACCUUCCGAGACUACAGUGCCCUGCUGUAUCUGAACGGUGAUUUUGAUGGUGGAGAAUUCAUCUUUACAGAAAUGGACGCCAAAACUGUCACAGCGUCAGUGAAGCCCCGAUGUGGGCGGAUGGUCGGGUUCUCAUCUGGCGGGGAGAAUCCACACGGUGUGCGGGCGGUCACUAGGGGGCAGAGAUGUGCCGUGGCACUAUGGUUCACUUUAGACCCCCUCUACAGGGAGCUGGAGAGGCUUCAAGCAGAUGAGGUGGUUCAAACCCUGGAUAAUGAGCACAUGUGGGAUCACGGCCUGCACAUAAACCCAAAAGAUGAGUUAUAGUCCAUCAGCCAAUGGAAGAGAAAGCACAGGGUUCAUGUCAAUACCUAUUUAUUUAAUGAUCAGAAUGAUUUUAUUUUUUUACUGUGAUAUUUUGUUUCUGACUGUUUGUGAGAAUUUUAUUAUUAUGUGUGCAUAUAAAACCUAUUUAAUAACUUUCUAGUUAACAUGAAAUCAAAAACUACUCGUUGCAGGAUAUUCCAACACACUUUUCACGAUCUAAUGUUUUUCUUCGUUUUUUCUUCUUCUUUCUGAAAUACAUAAUUAUAUUACAGAAGUAAAAUGGGUUUAUGAAUACCUUUUUAUGUUGAAUUUAAAAGAUACAGGGAACAUUUCAUUUCUAUAAAGGAAACUAUGGUUUGACUUUCAUUUUAUUGAAAGAAAUUCAUCAUUCAUCCCACCAAGGAGAGAAUUGACACUGUACAACAGCAUGCGUACAUUAAUAGCUGUUUUAGAUUAAUUUUAUAUUCAAGAUCAUUUAACUAGAAAUAAUCUGUUACCUAAUGAAACAGACUAUGAAAAAUAAGGAUUUGCACAGUUAUUUACUUACUGUACACUCUUCUGUGAUGUUAACAUACAGUAGCUGUCAGUUUUUUAAUAGUGCACUGUGAUUUUUCACAUUGUGACACCACAAUGUUAUUUAUACUGUUUACAAAUGAACUGACUCGAGCUAUGAUUUAGUUAGAUCAUAGAUGGCUAUGAUAGCAAGCGUCAGCAUUUUUAUAUUAGGAACCUUUUUAAUAAAAGAUGUUAUUUGUUCCUGUUUCAGGGAAUUUGAACUUAAACGUGGCAUAUUAAUUGUCCUUUCCUUUCAAAUUCAUUGACCGAUGGUCACUUUUUCUCACUGAUAUUUAAUUUCAUGAAUAUUUAAGACUGCUUUUAUGUAUUGCACAAUGAUGUUUGCGAUAUGUAUUUUAAAUUAAAGACUGAAUUAUAGUUA